CGACAAAGAUUGCUGUGAUAAAGAUUGAUGUGACAGAGACUGUGACAGAGGUGGUUGCUGUGAUAAAGACUGUUGCGAUAGAGGCGAUUGUUUCAACAAAGGUGGCUGUAGCAGUGAUUGUUGUGAUAGAGAUUGCUGUUGCGAAAUGGGAUGUGAAAGGGAGUGUUGUGAAAGGGAAUGUUGUGAAAGGGAAUGUUGUGAAAGGGAAUGUUGCGAAAGGGAAUGUUGCGAAAGGGAAUGUUGUUGCGAAAGGGAAUGUUGCGAAAGGGAAUGUUGUUGCGAAAGGGAAUGUUGUUGUUGCGAAAGGGAAUGUUGUUGUUGCGAAAGGGAAUGUUGCGAAAGGGAAAGGGAAUGUUGCGAAAGAGAAUGCUGCGAAAGCGAUUGUUGCGACAAAGGUUGCUGCGACAGGGACUGUUGCGAUAGAGACCGUUGUAGCAGGGGUUGUUGAGACAAAGGUUGCUGUGACAGAGAUUGGUGUAGUAGAGGUUGCUGUGGUAAUGGUUGCAUUUGUUGUGAAAAUUUUGGUUGUGGGAGUUGUUGGGGAUAUAAAAGUUGUUGAGAAAGUUGGCUGA